AUGCGCGCCCGCAUCGGCGCCGAUGCCGACGCAGAGCCUCGUGCUGCACAGAUCGUUAUGUCACAAGGUUUCACCGGCAAGCCCAUGGCCAACUACGGUGACAUCCUGGAUGAGAACUCCAUCGUGUUUGUGCUCUCGGCGAGAGGCGUCAAGGCGAAGAACUUGUCCGUGGCCAUCUGCGACGUUUACGUGAAGGUGAACCUGCCUCCCUCGCUCUUCGAGGUGGACCUCCUCCAUGAGAUCGACCCGGAGCAUCCCAAGACGCGAUGUCGUGUGAGCCCGGAUCAGGUCGCCGUGACGCUGCAGAAGCGGAGCCCGCGGAUCUGGGGCGAGUUCCGCGCGGCUGGCGCCAAGGCGGAGCUCCGGGAGCGCCGCGCGCAAGCGCUGCAGGCCCUGGAGCUGCGGGAGGCGGAGCGGCUCCAGAAGCGCCAGGCGCCGAAAGCCCGCCGAAAGCGCCGAAGCCGCCGGGCGCAGAAACCGGAUCGGGCCACUGAUUUGCUCAAAUAG